CCAAAAGAGAAAAACAAGAAAAAGCAUAGGAAAAAUCGAACCCGCGAUUAUCGUGUACGUAAAAUCUAAACUGCAAAUAGUAACAUAAUCGGAUGUGUCUCUCGUCACCUCCUCUCUCUCUCUCUCCUAUGAAUGGAGUUUUCAGUCCCCUGUCUCGCCUAUUAAUGGAGUUUUCAGUCCCCUCUCUCUCCUAUUAAGCAGAGUUUUCAGCUCCUAUUAAUAAAGUUUCUCCCUCUUCUCUCCUCUUCCUGUAAUUUUGGAGCUUCAUUUCCCAUUUACUUUUUAGUUUAUCAGUUUUUAUUUCCCUGAACCAGCAAUUUUGGUUGGGAACGAUGAAGCUUGAACCAGGCUUGUCUGCCUUCGUUACAGGAGGGGCAUCUGGAAUUGGUAAAGCGCUUAGCUUGACUCUUGCAAAGAAAGGGGUUCAUGUUACAAUUGUCGAUUUCUCUGAGGUAAACGGGAAAGAAGUUUCUGUCCUUGUUGAAAGGGAGCUUAAAAAGUUCCAUCCAAUGUUACAAGCUCCAUCAUCACUGUUUAUUAGGUGUGACGUAUCUAAUUCAGGUGAUCUUGCUGCUGCAUUUGAUAAGCAUAUGGAGUCAUUUGGACAGUUAGAUAUCUGCAUCAAUUGUGCCGGUAUAAGCACUCCAAUCUCAUUUUACCAAGAUAAAAGCGACGGAACCAGUUCUUGGAGGCGCGCUGUGAAUGUAAAUCUGAUUGCUGUUAUUGAUGGCACACAUUUAGCGAUUAAAGCUAUGAAGGACAAAGGCAAUCCUGGUGUAAUUAUUAAUAUUGGAUCAGCCUCUGGCCUCUAUCCCAUGCAUCAUGAUCCAAUUUAUUCUGGCACAAAAGGUGGAGUGGUCAUGUUUACAAGGUCACUUAUUCCUUAUAAACGACAAGGGAUUCGUGUAAAUGUGCUUUGCCCUGAGUUUGUUCUAACUGAGCUGGCUCAGAAGAUGGAUCCCAAAUUUAUUCAAUUGACAGGUGGCUUUAUGACCAUGAAUAUGGUUGUAGAAGGUGCUUUUGAGCUCAUCGAAGAUGAGACCAAGGCUGGAGCAUGUUUGUGGAUUACAAAGCGCAGAGGCAUGGAGUACUGGCCUACACAUAUGGAGGAAAGGAAGUAUAGAGAAUCCUGGAAAUCAAAGAGGAGCUCAUCAUACAUCUUUCCUAGUAUUGAAGUUCCACGCAGUUUUGAGAAAAUAGUUGUUCACACCCUUAGUCAUAACUUCCGCAAAGCAACUGCAGUUGUAAGAACAAGUUUGAAAUUCCCUAUCAAUGAUCAACAUGUCCUCAUAAAAAUUUUAUAUGCAGGUGUCAAUGCAAGUGAUGUGAACUUCAGCUCUGGUCGUUACUUCAGUGGUGAUCAGAAAGGCAUAGCUUCUCGUCUCCCUUUUGAUGCUGGUUUUGAGGCUGUGGGUGUUAUUGCAGCCGUUGGAGAAUCUGUCAAAGGCUUAAAAAUUGGCAGCCCGGUUGCAACCAUGAGCUUUGGAAGUUAUGCCGAGUUCAGCCUGGUUUCAGCCAAACACGUCAUUCCUGUUACAAGACCUGAUCCUGAAGUUGUGGCCAUGCUGACUUCAGGCCUAACAGCAUCCAUUGCUUUGGAAGAGGCUGCGCAGCUGGGCUCUGGGAAGGUUGUCCUUGUUACAGCAGCUGCAGGGGGUACUGGUCAAUUUGCAGUUCAGCUUGCGAAAUUAGCGAGGAACAAAGUUGUUGCUACUUGUGGAGGCGCAGAGAAGGCUGGGCUUUUGAAAGACUUGGGGGUUGAUCGUGUCAUCGAUUACAGAGUAGAAGAUAUUAAAUCAGUACUGAAGAAGGAAUACCCCAAAGGCGUCGAUAUUAUCUAUGAAUCAGUCGGUGGUGAAAUGUUCAAUAUGUGUUUAAAUGCAUUAGCAGUUUAUGGAAGGAUGGUUGUCAUUGGGAUGAUCUCUCAGUAUCAAGGGGCAGAGGGAUGGAAACCAUUGGAUUAUACAGGAUUGUGCGAAAAGAUCCUUGCCAAAAGCCAAACAAUUGCUGGAUUUUUCUUGGUCCAGUAUGCUCAUUUGUGGCAAGAGCAUUUAGAUAGGCUUUAUGAUCUCUUCUCUGCAGGAAAACUAAAGGUUGUAGUAGACCCAAAGCAAUUUGUUGGACUCAAUUCUGUUGCAGAUGCUGUUGAAUAUCUUCACUCUGGUAAAAGCCUGGGGAAGGUUGUUGUCUGCAUCGAUCCAAGGUUCAGUCGAUCAAACGCAAAGCUAUAAAUAUCUAUUCUAUUUCAUGUUAAAACUUAUUGUUAGCCUCAUCCGUUGCAUCUUAUUGACUAUAAGAUCUUGGUAAUAAGCAAACCAUGUAAAAAUGAGUUUUCAUGUUUUUAAGUGUUGUGAAUAAGUCUUGCAACCGCCAAGGCUCCAAUCCACACUGCCCCAUUUACUUAGAAUGGAUGACUCUAACUUGAAACAUUGUAAAAGGUACACCCUAAAAUAUUAGUAGAGUUCUCCAUAUCUUACGAAACC